AUGGUUUUCUUCGCGACUAUCUUACAGGUGAAUCUAGUGAUGUCCAUCCUGCUCUACAUGAUGGUCCUCGUGUACCUCUAUGGUAUCCAGGCAACCAACAUGGACAACAGUCACCAGGGGCAACAGCAGCAGCAGCAGCAACAGCAGCAGCAGCAGCAGCAUCCCAGUCCUGACCCGUUAAACUCCCUCAUCAUUCAGCUGCUACAGGCGGACAUUACCAGGGGGAAGAACCGGGGGAACGCCAGCCAGCAGGGGAAAAGCACCGAGCUGCCUCCGGAGGAGCGAGGGAACGCGAGCGCGGACGAGGUGAUGUUGUUGAACUCGGACCUUCUGAGACAGCACAAGCGCUUCAAUUCCCCGCGAGUUCUGCUGAGCGACCGGGCGCCGCUGCAACCGCCGCCGCUGUACAUGUCCGACGACUUUGUGAGCGGCGGGAACAAAACCCGCAAGAAGCGCUACACCGAACACAAGAGCUAUCGCGGGGAAUACUCGGUGUGCGACAGCGAGAGCCAGUGGGUGACGGAUAAAACUCAAGCGGUGGACACCAGGGGGACCCCCGUCACCGUUUUGGACAAAAUCAAAACCAGCGCCACGCAGGAUAUUAAACAAUACUUUUACGAAACGCGCUGUCGGACCCCCAGGCCCUUCAAGGGAGGCUGCAGGGGAAUCGACGACAAGAACUGGAACUCGCAGUGCAAGACCACGCAGACUUACGUGCGGGCGUUGACGCAAUUUCGCAAUUUGGUGGGAUGGCGGUGGAUACGCAUCGACACUUCCUGCGUUUGCGCGCUCUCCAGGAAACGCCACAGGACGUGA